AUGAAGGCCGUCGUCAUCAAGGGCAAUGACGUCUAUGUCGACCGAGACCGUCCCAUGCCUAAACUUCGCGACGACUAUAUCCUCGUCAAAACCGUCGCCGUGGCGCUCAACCCAACGGAUUGGAAGCACGCUGCCUUCGGCUUGGCAGCUGAUGGCUGCCUCUCAGGGUGUGAUUUCUCAGGAAUCGUCGAGGAGGUCGGUCCUGCCGUCACCAAGUCUUUUUCCAAAGGUGACAGGAUUGCCGGUGUCAGCCAUGGCGGUAAUGCAGUCCAGCCGGAAGACGGUGCCUUUGCCGAGUACGUGGUUGCAAAGGGAGACAUUCAGAUGAAGAUGCCGGAUUCCAUGGGCUUUGAAGAGGCUGCUACCCUCCCGCUUGGGACCACCACUGUUAUGCAAGGACUCUAUCAAAAGGCGUUGAAGCUCAAUUGGCCCACCGACCCCGUCAAAGAGAAGACUUAUGUUCUUAUCUACGGUGGAAGCACCGCUACCGGCGCCUUAGGCAUUCAGUUCGCAAAGCUAUCCGGAUACACGGUCAUUGCCACCUGCUCGCCACGCAACUUUGACUAUGUCAAGUCGCUCGGAGCCAGCGAAGUCUACGACUACAACGACCCGCAAGCUCCCUCCAAGAUCCGCGAAUCGACCGACAACAAGCUCAAACUGGCGUGGGACACGAUCAGCGAGAAGCCCAGCGCUCAGUUCUGCGCCGACGCCCUGUCCAGCGAACCGGGCUGCCAAUACGGCACCAUCCUGCAGGUCACUUCCCCGCGCGAGGACGUCGAGAGCACGACCACGUUGAUGUACACCAUCUUCGGCGAGCCGUUCAAAUUUGGGCCCCACGAGUUCCCAGCCAUCAACGAGGACUUUGAGUACGCCAAGAAGUUCAUGGCCAUGGCGGAAGGACUGCUUCGGGACGGCAAGGUGAAGGCGCACAAGCAGAAGGUCGGCAAGGACGGGCUGGAAGGCGUGUUGAAGGGCAUGGCAGAUCAGAAGAGCGGGAAAGUGAGCGGUGAGAAAUUGGUAUUCGUCGUCGCCGAAACGCCGUGA